AUGCCAAGUAUGAAGGCAGAAUCGUUCCGGGUUUGCACAGCCUCUGCUUGCCGUGGACUCCUCCUCAAAGUCCCAGAACUCUUCUGUGUGUACUGGAGGUGCCUGCUGGAGAUGCCUACAGGCCAAAGCGCCUGCGCUCCACAACCACCACGCGACCGUUACCACUGCUUGCGCGCCAAAGCUCAUCAGAUCGGGGUGUGUACUGGGUACUCGAUUUGUAUGCAACCAAUUUCUAGACUGGCAGCGCCAGCGCCGCCGCCGCCGCCGCCAACGCCGCCGCCGCCGCCAACGCCAACGCCAACGCCGCCAACGCCAACGCCGCCGCCAACGCCAACGCCGCCGCCGCCGCCAACGCCGCAGACUGAGUCGGAGGAGGGAGAAGCCAGGAAGAAAGUGGCGGCCGUGGCUGCAGAGGCGGCAGCGACGGCAGCGUCCCCCAGGGAGGGGGGCGCCGGCGAGGCUGAGACGGAGAUGGAGCCCAUUCCCGGCAGCGAGGCCGGCACUGACCCCCUCCCAGUCACGGCCACUGAAGCAUCUGUGCCGGACGGCGAGGCCGACGGGCAGCUCGACGAGCCACUGUUGCCGCCGCCGCCGCCGCGGGAGCUAGCCCGCAGCCCGGAGCCGUCAGGGCCGGAGCUGCAGCCUGAGGAGAAGCUGCCCGCCCGGGUGGUGGAGCCGGCGGCAGCCGCGCCAUCGGAAGGGCCUGGCCUUUCACCUUCCCCUGCAUCGCCGCCCGCGGAGCCCGCGGCUCCCGAGGAGCGCCAGGAACCGCCGCUGCCCCAGCCCUCAGCCCCGGCGCUCGUGCCGCCGGCGGGCGGGGACUCCGCGGUGUUGCAACUGAUCCCCGGCUCGGAGGUGCGGGUCACGCUGGACCACAUCAUUGAGGACGCGCUCGUCCUGUCGUUCCGCCUCGGGGAGAAGCUCUUCUCCGGGGUCCUCAUGGAUCUGUCCAAAAGAGAUCAUGAAACGUAUGGUGCAAUAGCCCUACUUUUGGUGGGAAAAAUAUACAGCCAUUCUGGUGAAGCAGUGAGUAGUGGUCUUAAAUGUUUUGCCUUGGUUGGCCUGGCCUGGCAACAGGGGAGUCCACUUCAUCGUGGGAGGAAUCACAAAACGUCAGAUUUGAAUCUUGUUGAGCACGAGAUCAGCAUUAAGUGCUGGAUGAUUGAAUUGGUAAAGAAUUUAAAGACUAACAUAUAGUUUGGGCCCCAUGGGAUCCCUGUGACAGUAUUUCCCAGAAGGGAAUAUAAGGAUAAACCUGAAGCCAUGCAGCUCCAAAAUAGUACAUUCCAAGAAGGGACCGAUGUCAAGCGUGAAGUGAAUGGUGCUGUGCCCGAGACCCUUCUCCUGUCCCGCCUCCUGAGCUGAGCUUGGCCGAAAGCCUGUGGACUUCCAAACCACCACCUCUCUUCCAUGAAGGAGCACCUUAUCCUCCCCCUUUGUUUAUCAGGGACACAUAUAACCAAUCAAUACCUCAGCCACCUCCUCGGAAAAUUAAGCGACCCAAACGAAAAAUGUACAGGGAAGAACCUACUUCAAUAAUGAAUGCUAUUAAACUACGACCCAGGAAAGUCUUGUGUGACAAGUGUAAAAACAGUGUUGUUGCUGAAAAAAAAAGAAAUUAGAAAAGGUAGUAGUGCAAGUGAUUCUUCUAAAUAUGAAGAUUAAAAACGGAGAAAUGAAAGUGUAAUUACUAUGAACAAAAAACUGAAAACUGACCAUAAGGUGGAUGGGAGAAACCAAAAUGAAAGCCAGAAAAGAAAUGCUGUGGUUAAGGUUUCAAAUAUUGCUCACAGCAGAGGCAGAGAAAUCUUAAUUAACUUCUUAACAUCUUAACAUCUUAAUUAACUUCUCUGGGUUUCCUUUCCCUUAUCUGUCAAUGGCCUCAAUAAUCAGACCGUUGUGAGAAUCAUACAAGAUACGACAUGCAGCGGUCACCUGUGCUAGAAAUAGUGUUGGGCUACAGCGUAGACACCAGCAACACACAGCUAUUGCUGGCUAUAAAAGUAACUGAGACAUUUGGUGAUAAAUACACAAGAGAUUAUAAAGAUGUAAUACAAAAAACAGGAUGUCAAAUGUUUCAUUAUUGUUUUAUAGUGAUUACAUGUUUAAAUGAUAAAAUCUUGGAUAUAUUGAAUUAAAAUAUUAUUAAAAUUA